AUUGCAGUUACGGGUAUAAAGGCUUCUUUCUUUUCGGACAGAAGUCAGUUGACCGUUCGCGCCCGUGUCGCUUAUCGCUUAUCGCGCGUUCCAUGUUUUCCGCUAACCUCGUGUGUCACGGUGCCAGCCACAAUGCAACUGAAGCUACACUGGCUACACGAAAUAUAGGUCAUUUUCAAGCUCUGCUCACUCGGCAAUAAUGUGUUGGCAGUUCUAGUAACGUUGGUGGUGGCAGUGUUCGACGCCAUCCUUGAGGCUUCACCGAUGACUAGUCGCCGCAGCGACGUCCAAGUGCGCGCCCACUCAAAGUUUCACUACCGCCGUGCGUGGUUCAACUGGGUGGGCCACAACGCGCAAAUGGCACAUGCAAAAGCCAUGGAUGGUCGAGAUCUCGAGUCCUUCGGUCAGCAGCACGAACGAAUUAUCGUGGCAUAGACGGCGCACGGGGACAGCGCCUUGGCCACGAGGAGGGCGCAGUUGAAGUGAGUGUCAGUGACUUGAUGGUGCUAAACACUUCGGGUUGUUCGGAGGCCUGCCAUGGAGUCAGCCGUCACCGGGGACGUCGUCUUCAGCAACCACAAUGACUUGCUCGAAUGCUUGCAGGGACACGUGUUGCUGUUGGAGGACGUACGCCCUGAAGGCCAACUUGCGCAAGCCGGUCUGGUUGCUGAAGUGGAAGACGGUGUCGUCUCCAGCAUGUCGGAGUCCAACCGAUGUAAGGAGAAUAGGAACCUCCGCACAGCUACUGACCGCUCACGGUAUCCACCAGCUUGGUCGCGGCGCCACAAUCGCUCGAGAACGAAAUCAAGACCGUCGCGAGCACGAGACGGAAAGAAGAAGAAAAAGCAAGAAGUCAACGCUGCUGUGCUCGUUUUCGAGACCCGACAGUCCGGGAUGCGUCGGUUCUUGCAUCAUAUCCUCUCGUUCGGCUCCCGUUCGUCCCACGGCCAUUCCGAAGCCCAGGAACCUGAGGAAGGGGACCGGCACGCCUCUGUGUCCGACCUGACGACUACCACCGUGGGCCCUUCGACGCACCCGCCGUCGCUCAGCGCCUCGAUCAUGGGCUUCGCCAUUGAUCUGUACCGUCAGCUGGUGGUGCACAACGGAGCCACAGGCAGCAACGGAGCCAACGCCGGCGGCAAGAGCGCCGGGACGCCGGGCAACGUGGUCUUCUCGCCGUUCGCGGUGGCCGCCGCUCUGUCCAUGACGUUGGCCGGCGCCCGCUGCGACACGGCCAGGGAGCUGGAGGUGGCGCUGCACACCCGCGACGACGAGCAGAUCCACAACCAGUUCGCGGCGCACUUGACGCAAAUCACGAGCCGCGCGCUGAAGGUCGUGUUCGAGGUGAACAAUCGCAUGUACAGCGACCUGCGCUACCCGGUCAUCGAGGGCUACCGAGCUUUCCUGCACGACACGUAUGGCGAGGACGCCGUGCGCACCGUGGACUUCUCCUUCCGCCACGGCGAGGUUCGCGCCGAGGCCAACGACUGCGUGGCCCGCGCCACCGCCAACACAGUGCGCGACGUCGUCGGCUCGGACAGCGUCGGCCCCAAGACGGAACUGGCGCUGGUCAGCGUGGCGUAUUUCUGCGGUGCCUGGGAGUCGCCGUUCCAGCCAGCCUUCACAGGACCCGACGAGUUUCACGUAGACGCUCACACGGUGGUUCGUGUCAACAUGAUGAACCAGAUGCAGCCGUUCGGCAUAGCCCACAGCGAGCAGUUGCAGGCGACGGCGCUCGAGAUGCCGCAUCUGGGCGGGAAGACCUGCAUGGUCAUCAUCCUUCCAGACCAGAUGGACGGCCUGCCGGCGCUGGAGCAGAACUUGACCACUCGGAACCUGUCGGACCUACUGAACAAAGUCCUCGUCAGGCCGAACGUAAUGCUGAAGCUGCCAAAGUUUGUGGUGCAGCUCAGCUGCAAAUUGCGUGAACCUCUCAAGGCCAUGGGGGUCCGCGAGUUGUUCACAACGCGGGCCAACCUGUCCGGGAUCUUCGAGAUAGGAAGUCCCACUCUCGCGGACGUCUUCCACGGUGCCUUCCUGGAGGUUAACGAGGAAGGCGCCGAGUCUACGGCGCCUUCUGUAGAAGCGAUCGUCGGUGGCGGUCCGGGACUCGGUGAAAUCACGCGCAUCACCGUGAACCGGCCUUUCAUAUUUCUCAUCAAGCCCCGGCAUGGCAACAUCAUAUUCAUAAUGGGCUCUGUGCGAAGGCCUUGAGUCCUGCGUGCUCAUUGGGCAACGCGCGCGGUGCAGACUUCUUCCGCACGACGGACAGGCCAAGUGUGAUAUUCAGUAAAGAUAACUGGCGUCAGAGGCGCCACUUAACAAAUCGAAAUGCAAGUUUGUACACAAACGUAAGUCGCUGACUAUAGAACGAAACAAUUUGCCGCUCGUCACGAGAGCCCAAAUCUCGUUUACAGUUGCGCCGCGAUACUCACGGAAUGCGAAUGUGUUUGCAAACGUUCCUAUUCGCAUGUUGAAUCCACUGUGCUAGCAGAAGUACUUGUAGGCAAACCAUGGCUAAUUGGUAAUGGUAGUUCGAUGUCGCCGGAAUGCGGUGAUGCGGCUCUUGGU